AUGGCCACCAACGCUCUUCAAACAUUCACGGCGUUUUACGACGGUUGGCUUCUCCGUCACCAGCGCCUCCAAGACCAGUUAUCCACCGUCGCCAAUGUCAAAGAAGAAGAUCUCAGUAAAUUGGUGGAACAAGCCGCCGAACAUUACCGCCUAUACUAUGAACAAAAAUCAAUCGCAAUCGAUAAAGACGUUUUUCUCAUAUGCUCUCCGCCGUGGUACACCUCUUUCGAGAAAGCAUUGUUCUGGGUGAGCGAAUUCCCACCGUCGUUGUUCUUCCGGUUCCUUAGCGAUCUGAAUCUGACGACGGAGCAGGCGAGGAGGGUGGAGACGGUGAGGGUGGAAGCGGCGAGGAAGGAGUCGGAGAUAGGGGAGGCGAUGGCGACGGUACAGGAGAGUUUAGCAGCGGCGCCGUUGUAUGGGUUGGUGAAUAGGACGGAGAGGUUGGUGGAUGGGCAGGUGUCGGAGCUGGAUGAUGCUAUGAAGGAGUUGAAGGAGGCGAUGAGGGUGGUGAUGGUGGAGGCGGAUGGUUUAAGGGUGGUGACGGUGGUGGAGAUCUUGGAGGUUUUGGAGGUGAUGCAGAGGGUGAAGUUUUUUGCUGCUGUUGGGGAAUUUCGUAUUCGAGCUAGGCGGAUCGGGUUGCAGAUGGAAGUAUAA